AUGUUAAUGCAGCGACUAUGGCUUCUUCCGUGUGCAUGGGAUGACGAAGUUCCAGCAGAAAUUGCUGCUUAUUGGAAUGAUUUCACUGCUCAACUGCCAAAGAUUGCGAAUUUCCGUGUCGGUCGUUACGCUCUCAUACCAAAUGCUUCUAUCCAGCUACACACAUACUCAGACGCGUCUGAAUCCGCAUAUGGAGCAUGCAUGUAUGUUAGGUGCAUUAAUGCUGUGGGUCAAAUAAGCGUUCAACUCCUAGCAUCCAAAACCCGCGUUGCACCGCUCAAAAGAGUUACUCUACCCCGAUUGGAGCUCUGUACGGCUCAAGUGGCGGCAAGACUUUACGCCAGAGUUGUUGGAGCGCUCCAGAUAACUACUACAAAAUCAUAUUUUUGGUCUGAUUCCACCGUCACAUUACAAUGGCUACGUUCACCGCCCAACACUUGGAAGAAUUACGUGGCCAAUCGAGUAUCUGAGAUCCAAGAUUUGACCCAUCGAGCCUUUUGGAAUCAUGUCGCUGGUACUGAGAAUCCCGCAGACCUUUUGUCUCGUGGCAUGCAUGUUGACGAUUUCUUGAAGAGUAAUUCCUGGAAGCACGGUCCCAAAUGGCUAUCAUGCCCUGAAAAUGAAUGGCCUAACACAAGGCUUUGUGACUAUCCCGUAGAAGGGAAAGAGAGGCGCAAAACGUUCGUUGCCGCUGUCAGAACUAAACCAUCCCAAAACAAUCCUAUUUUCACUCGAUUUUCAUCGUUCAACCGCCUGCUUGGUACUUUCGCUUGCGUUCUGCGGUUUAUAGCUAACAUUCGGUGCAAGACGCGGACGCAGCCAUCGAUGGUUCAUUGCACUCCCCGAAGCGCUGUGCUAAGAGUUGAGCACAUAUUAUCUGCCGAACGAAAGCUAAUUCAACUAGCGCAGGCGGACGCAUUCCAGCCAGAGGUUAAAGAUCUACGAACUAAUAAAAUAGUGUCAAAACAGUCGCCAAUUCGACUGCUUACUCCAUUUUUGGACCCUGAGGGAAUCAUUAGAGUAGGGGGGAGACUUAGACUCUCAGACCAGCCAUUUUUAUCGAAGCAUCCUGCGCUCCUGCCUAGUAAUCAUCCUCUUUCACACCUCAUUGCCAAGUCCUAUCAUCUUUCACUUAUUCACGGUGGCGGCCGCCUUACCCUCGCUGCUAUGCGUGAAAAAUAUUGGCCUUUGCACGGCAGAAGGCUGGUUCGCAGUGUCAUCCGCAGCUGCUAUCAAUGCGCUCGAGCCGAACCACAAUCCACAACCCAACAGAUAGGACAACUUCCAUUGCAUCGAAUUACGCCCAGUCGCCCGUUUUCGGUAUCUGGAAUCGACUACGCCGGACCAUUAUAUUUAAAACCAGUGCACAAGAGAGCUGCAGCUACAAAGGCGUACAUUUGUAUCUUUGUGUGCUUUUGCACCAAGGCGGUGCAUAUCGAGUUGGCGAGCGAUUUGUCAACGAAUGCGUUCUUGUCUGCGUUGCGCCGCUUUAUUGCCCGUCGCGGACUGCCAACAGAUCUGUACACGGAUAAUGGCAAAAAUUUCGAAGGAGCCGCCAACGAAUUGGAGGAAGUUUACAGGAUGCUUCAGAACGAAUCACAGCGACAGCAAAUUAUGACAGAUCGAGACUGUGAACGCAUCUCAUGGCACUUUAGUCCGCCGAAGGCCCCACACUUCGGAGGUUUGUGGGAGGCGGCGGUGAAGGUGGCUAAACGACAGCUCUAUCGACAACUUGGGAAUUCUAAAUUAUCAUUUGAGGACCUGGCUACUAUACUGGCGCAAAUAGAGGCGAGUAUGAACUCGCGACCCAUCGUUCCGCUUAGUGAAGAUCCUAACGACAUUUCUGCGCUUACCCCGGCACACUUCCUCAUCGGAAGUACCAAACAUUUACUCCCUGAAAAAGAUUUGCACCAUACACCAACAAGCCGUCUCGACCAUUAUCAGCGCAUGCAAAAGGUUUACCAACAGUUUUGGCACCAUUGGCGGACCGAAUAUCUGCAGGAGUUGCAGCGUGAUACCAAAACCUGUCAUCCCAACAAUUGCAUUCAACCAGGCAGGUUGGUAGUGCUAACUGACGAGCUACAGAUUCCAGUGAAGUGGCCGCUUGCACGCAUAGUCGCCGUACAUCCCGGUAAGGACGAUUUAGUACGUGUAGUCACACUGCGUACCAACCGGGGUACCAUAACUCGACCGGUGACGAGAAUAUGUUUGCUGCCAAUGGAGGGCGAAGAUAUUUUGUGUAAGAAAAGUUUAGAACAGUAA